UCAAUUUCCCUGUUGUGAGAUAUGCCUCUAGAAUGAAUGAUACGACCCUACGACGCAGGGCUUUACCCCUCGUCCCAGUUCCAGCUCCGGUCGCUAAAAAAGCACUAGAAAAGUCCAAGCCUGUAGGAUCCCCAGGAUGACCGACUAGGGCUUAUGGCUUGCGAUUUAGAGUUUGGCCCUUGUUGAUGAUGAAGCAGACCCUUGGCAAUUUGUUCUGCGCGACGUCGAAGGCGUUUGGAAUGACCAAGUUACUGGCUUCCAUGCACUUGCUGUGUCGUGUCGGCUUAUAGGUAUAGUAAUUUCCCCACCGCUGUACGAUAUCAUUCUUUCGUUCAAUUGAUCUACGAGGUUGCCAAAAUGGACCACGGCAACAUGGUCUUUCGACGUGGUUACGUGCCGCUGUCGGAAAUACCCACGAAUUCGACGCAGCAGACUGGAAUCGCGAUUAUUUUCCUCAUGACGUCUCUUGCUUUCGUCACAUGGAGCGCCCGUAUGUACUCCAGGUUUAGUAAGAAGCAGAUCGGUAUCGAUGACUGGUUCGUCACGGUCGCAAUGGUAAGGCUCCCGCGCCGAUCAGGUCGAUCUGACAACUGAUCGACACAGCUGUUUUCCAUCGGUCUACAUGUUCCAUAUUACUACUUCUUCAGAUACGAAUACGUCGGCUUCCAUACCAGAGAUCUUCCCAAGUCUUAUGACAUCGAGCCUGUUUUAUUCUACAACUGGAUAAUGCAGGUCCUUUACAACCCUAUCCUGGCUCUUGUAAAGUCGUCGAUCCUUUUCUUCCUUCUUCGACUUGGAGGCCAUAACCGUAACAUCAAAUGGGCCAUCUAUGGCUUAAACGCAUUUAAUUUGGCGUUGAUGAUUGCAAUUUUCUUAACCGUGGUAUUCCAAACCAUUCCGAUCAACGCUUACUGGGACCUAUCUGUAAAGCCAGAACGUCAGAUCCACGGACCUGUGUUUUACAUCUCAUCGGCUAUCAUCACGAUUAUUACAGAUGUUCUUGUUCUUUUGAUUCCGUUUUGGAUUUUUCUGGGCCUCAAAAUGCGGAUCGCUGCAAAGCUAGGUUUAAUCGUGGUAUUUCUCAUGGGCGGCGUAGUAACAAUCGUCGCUAUUCUUCGCGUGAUCGAACUGUAUAAGAAGUUCUACGUCAAAGGAUACGAUUCUAGACACUCGCUCGGUGACACUCUGAGCAGCAUCGAAGUCAACCUCGCCAUCAUCGCUUGUUGCGGUCCUGCUCUGCGCCCACUAUUCCGCAGAAUGUUUCCUCGUCUAUUUUCCGGGAAAAGUACGAAUGAUACUGGAAAAUACAACACGCCAAGUCGCUAUGGAAAUGGCACGGCUGGCGUCUCGUCUUUUCAUCUCAAGGACAUGCAUCGGAGCAGAACGCAGACUGAGAUUCGUGGAUAUUCACCGAAUGGAAGCGAAGAGGAGAUCAUGACAUAUAACGGCAUUUUACGGACGACUGCUGUGGACGUUAAAUAUGGUGAUGCACAUUCGACAGACACUGACCAAGUGGACAAAGACCUGAGAGGACCUACGCCACCGUGAAAAGUCUGGGGAAAAGCUCAUAAGCAGACACAGUGUCUUGGAUACCUGUGAAGGGUUAAUGGGAGUUCAAUUAUGUAUAGUAUAUUUAAUGUAAUGAAAAGUGCUUCGGACCACGUUAGGGCCAAGUUUUACAUCUUCCGAUAA